AUGCCGGACCGCUCCAUCAGUCCCGGUGUGCGCAGCAAUGCCUCCAGCCAAAGCUCGCGUAAUUACCAAUCACUCGAGCCAGGUUACUGGAAAGGCUUCUUCAUCCCGGGAAGAAUAUUCAUGUACCAACUUCACGAGGAAGAGCUCGAUGAUUAUGGAAAGAAGCAGAGGCUUUUGGUCCCAAAAGCAUCAUCCAAGGCUGUCUAUCGGAGAUGUGUUGUAGUGAGGGCUGGAAGAGACAGCUCGCAGUGCUUAUACAUCAAGACCUACGAAGGCGAGGGCUGCACCAGAAAAGACGUGCGCUCAAAGCAAAACCGCCACGCCGUCGUCUACACCAGCGACGAACCGUCCCGUCUGCGCGAUGAGACAAACCUCCGCACCCCCAUUCAAGCAGACCCCAUCAGUCACGACACCGCCCUUCCGCGCCUGGCCCGCCUCAACUACGACUCCCUCUUCGAGAUCUCGCACUCACGCCCUAUCUACCCGCUCGCCCAAGUGACGUCCCGCAGCCUGGAUGUCAUGCUCCGCGACUUCGAAGAACUCAACCCGCCCAUCCCCCGACCCUUCACCAGGAAGCGCACAUGGGACCGCAUGGUCGAAGCCCUGGAUGCCACGCACAUCAACUCUACCACCAAUAACAACACCCUGGCAACCACGAUCCCUGCCCACCAACGCGCCCCCGCCGUCCGCUCUAUCCGUCCCACCCGCCGCACCUCGACCUUCCCGCCCCCAAUCCCCGAAGCGCCACCAACCGCCGUCUCACACCACGUCCAAAUCGUCGCCCCGCGCACCGCCGAGCCCGCCAGCAUCACGCCCGAGCCAACGGCAGCAAGAAACGACAACAAGCAGCAGCAGAAGCAGCAAGCCGUAACGCCCUUCCCGCAGCGCCACAGCACGCGCGCCGUCCACAUCCCGCUGCAGCUCUCGUCAGCGCGCGACGCGCGCGCCACCGCCCCCGUCCGCGCCCUCUUCGACACGGCGUGCGAGCUCAACUUCAUCGACCCGGAGCUGGCCCUGCAGCGGCUGGGCGCCACGGCGCUGCGCUACAAUGCCAGCAACAGCAACGAACAGCAACCUCAAGUCGUCAUGCCCGGCAACGGCGUCGUCGUGCCCGCCGCCGACGGCAUGGUAAAGGUGCGGUGGCGCUUCGAGGGCGCCGAGAGGAGCGAUGUGGAUACGUUCGUCGUCUUCAGGGGCUUGCCGUGCGAGGUCGUCAUCGGGAGCAGGACGGCGGUCGAGAGGAGGUGGGGUGUGGGGGGCAGGGAGGCGGGCGUUUUGGGACUGCCGUUGAUGGGGUUGGAUGAGAGGCGAAGACUGCAGGAUGAUAGCAGGCAUAAGUCAGAGCAUCGGAAGAAGAAGGAGACGCGGGAGAAUGAGGAGAUUGAGCGGAAGUUUGCGAGGGAGAGGGCUGCGUUGUUGGGGAGGUGA